AUGUCGUCAACAGAACCUUCUCAAAAUAAGACAUGGGAUCUGUCACUAUACGAGUUACAUAGAACACCUCAGGAAGUAAUAACAGACGCUACGAAGAUAGCCGUCUCCCCGCGUAGUUUGCACAGUGAACUAAUGUGUCCAAUAUGUUUAGAUAUGCUCAAGAAGACCAUGACAACAAAAGAAUGCCUACAUAGAUUUUGUUUGGAUUGCAUUAUAACUGCAUUACGGUCUGGUAACAAAGAAUGCCCGACCUGUCGAAAGAAGUUGGUUUCAAAGCGGUCCUUGCGACCCGAUCCUUAUUUUAAUCUACUUAUAUCUAAAAUAUAUCCAAGUAGAGAUGAAUAUGAAGCUCAUCAAGAAAGAGUGUUGGCUAAGAUGAAUAUGAAAAAUCAAGACGAAAGCAGUGCUAAUAGCACAUCUACUGUUAAUGGAAAUAAUACUGACCCACCACAAAAUGGAGGUACAACAAGCAUUUCAAACAAAAGAGAAGGUUCCUCAUCCACAGGAAAUCCUACCCCAUCUGGUCAGUCAACAUCAAAUCCUGCAUCUGUAAGAAGUACACCAUCUCCAAGUCCAUCCAAUCUGAGUUCUGUGUCAAAAAAUACUAGUACAACUAAAAGAGCAAAGUCUGUAUUAACUUCAGAGAGAAGUGAAGAAAGUGAAUCUAGUGAUGGCAGAACAGAGGGUGGAAAUUCUAUGGACACAGAGGGUGAGGGGGAGGUGCUGAAUCCAAAUGAGAUUGAGCUGGUUUUUAAACCACAUCCCACUGAAAUGAUGGGCGAUAACCAACUUAUGAGAGCUUUGAGAGAUAGCUCUGUACGAUACCUGAAGACCACAGCUAAUGCUUCUGUUGACCACCUGAGCAAAUACCUUGCAAUGCGGCUUACACUUGACCUCGACACAGUUGCCCGAGGCAUAUCGACUGCUCAACUUCUGUAUCUAUGUUGCACCAACACCUGGACAGUUUGUGCCAUUAGUAGGAGCACAGACAUUAAGGCAGAUCAAUGA